CUGCCACAGUUCUGGGACUUUCUGAAAAUGGCUAUAUCUAAACUCAGUGAUGAUCUCAUCAUCGAGAUCGCGAAACAACUGAAACAGACUGCAGACAACAACCAGAGUCUAUACGCUUUCAUCCAAGUAUGCCAACGUUGGAAUCGUUACGGCUUACCCAUGUUCUACGGCAAUAUUGCGAUCAGCAACGAGACUCUCCAGCCUUUCACACGUUCUUUCAAUGCCGCUGCACAUGGUCCAUCUGUUCGUUCUCUGACAUUGCAUAUCAAACAAGACCUCGGCAUCCCCCCACAGCUUCGGGCUUCGAAUCCCCUUCUCUUUCCUAAGAAGGCAGAUGAACCGGAUUCCAUCGAGAAUUCACUUCCAGAAAGAGUCGCAGAAUUUGUGACCCUGAUUCCACAUUUCAGCAAUCUGUCCUCUUUUAGCCUGAAAAUGGACCUGUCGUCUUCACGCUCCGUUCCACGAGCAACAUUAAUCAAGCUGCUGGAAGCUCUGCCAGCGAGUUGCACACAUCUUGAACUGGAUACAAACGCCCAGGACCAUCGCGAGGAGGGCGAGGACGCGCACGUUUGUGACGCUAUCCGCGACGUGCUUCCCCGCAUGCAGAACGCGCGCAUCCGCAUCAGUGCAAUGUGCUGUAAGAUGUUCGGAACCAAAGACACUGCGUUGGAUGAGUUCACCCCCCUCCAGCUACCAAAUCUAAAAUCCCUGGUUCUCAACUGCGCGAUCGCGAGCGGCCUCCAAGUUCAAAGCUGUGGAGGGCUAGACUGGACGGGUCAAGCAAAAGGCCCCGAUGCGGGUGUAGAGUUGGCUUGGCGACAGGUUACCUCCAGCCUUAUGAACCUUGUCGCACACGACACCGAGGGAAACCUCGCCGACGCAUGUAUAUAUGCUUUGAAUGCCACCCUCAUCGCCGAUGUCACGCAGACUACUAUUCGCGCCAAUCUUGUGACCCAAGAGACAAGCGCGUUCCCUAUCUUGCGACUUAGUAGACCGUUUCAGGACCCCUCGUAUUACUCUGUCCGAAUGCUUGAUGGUUCAGCACAGGUGGUCAACUUGUCCUCCCAAAUUGAAUCACUCGUGGAAGGACAUAUUUGGAGGGACAUACGAGGUGGUUCCCGAUUACCCACCGUGCUCUCAAAGGCAGGGCGUACUGUAUUGCCAUCCUUCGCAUGGGGUUGUGCUGUCGUGCCGCUCCCAGGACAGACUGAAGAAGAGUGGAUUGCAGAAAACAAAAGCAAAGGGCUUCCUUCUUUUCUAUGGGAUGAAGAAAAAGUAGGAAGGCAGAUUAUGCGUGCAGAGAUCAGGACAGGAGAUAGGUUCCUCGGGGUCGUUCCUAUCAAAUUAGAUAUUCCCGAGGGAUGGGUCAUAGCGCAUGGGCGUCUGAUUUCUGCCCCGGAUUGA